GAGGCAGUACACGCCUGCCCGGGAGCUGCUUUUUGUGCACGUUACUUCCGAAGACAGUUUAUUUGUUUAGUUUAAAACCCCGAUCAUAAGUGGCCCUCCUUGAUAAAUUGGAGCGCAAAGGAUGCUGCUUUCACAAAGAGCAGGUGUAUUCUGACAUGUGGAGGCGCAGGGCACAGAGCAGGAGCGAGUGACAACAGCGGGGGGGGACCACAAUACCUGCCUCAAAGGAAAAGCCAUUACCUUUAAAAAUCUUCCUGAAAAAGACGCUUCUUCCUCUAAAAAUAUCCGGAUUUUUCUUGCAACUUAAAGGCCGUCGUGAAAACCGGGACAGUAUGGGUACUAUGGGACGCACAGCUCCCAUAGUGACAAAAAGCUAGGUCUGCUCUGUUGGCUACUCUUAGAGCUGCUUCACUGAAAUCAGGCUUAUCAUCUGCAAGGAUGCUCGGAGCAGCUCUGUCAACGCAGUCGGUCUACAUAGGAAUGGAAGUGAUUAUUGCAGUCGCGUCUGUCAUCGGGAAUGUGAUGGUGGUUUGGGCGGUGAAAAUAAACAGAUCGUUGCGAGAUACUACCUUUUGUUUUAUCGUUUCCCUGGCUUUGGCGGACAUUGCGGUGGGAGCCCUCGUCAUCCCCUUGGCCAUUACUAUCAGUAUCGGACUCCAAACUCACUUCUACAGCUGCCUGCUCGUGGCGUGCACAAUGCUGGUGCUGACACAAAGUUCAAUCCUGGCCCUCCUGGCUAUUGCGAUUGACCGCUAUCUCAGAGUCAAGAUCCCGACCAGGUACAAGCAAGUGGUGACCACUCGGAGAGCAGGUCUGGCAGUGGUGAUAUGCUGGACAGUGGCUUUUAUUGUGGGGCUCACACCCAUGUUAGGAUGGAACAACCUGAGUCACCUGCAGCAGAACAGUUCCAUCAGCUCUGACCUCGUUAUCACCUGCCAGUUUGAAAACGUCAUCAGCAUGGACUACAUGGUGUAUUUCAACUUUUUUGGCUGGGUGCUGCCACCGCUGCUUCUCAUGCUGGGUAUCUAUGCAGAGAUCUUCUAUAUGAUCCACAAGCAACUUAACAAUAAGAAGUUCACUACCAGUCACACUGACCCCAACAAGUACUAUGACAAGGAGUUGAAUCUUGCUAAAUCUCUGGCUCUGGUCCUUUUUCUCUUUGCCAUCUGCUGGCUCCCCCUCCACAUCUUCAACUGCAUCACACUCUUCUGCCCUGAGUGCCAGAAGCCCAUAGUCCUCCUACCCAUUGCCAUCUCUCUCACCCACGGUAACUCUGCUGUCAACCCAAUAGUCUACGCUUUCCGCAUUAAGAGGUUCCGAACAGCCUUUCGGAAAAUCUGGCAGCAGUAUUUCUGCUGCAAGGACACACCACCUCUGGAAAUUCAGCACAGCGACAGGAAAGUGAUGCCCAAUCCAGAGUCACAGCAGGCAGCAUCUCCACAGGCCCCUCAGAAGAAAAUCAUCACACCUGAUCCAACGGGACAGCAGCCACCCUCACCUGAGCAGCAGCAAGACCAGAGGCCUGAACCACCACAGUAAUCUGAAGAAUGUACAUCCUUAAUGGAACACAAUGCAGUCUAGGCCAAGGCACAGAGCUGAUUCUUGGCUGGGACAGUAAUGCUUGAGCACCGGCUCUGUCCUCAUUUGAAUCUAGUUUAAUGAGGAGCAUGAAGUGCUAUGGUGCUGGAGGAACUCGGACAAUUUAUGGAUCCUAAAAACUGGAGGGUCAUUUAUUUUUACUCAGGAGUAAAGGAUUUACUAAAAAUCUGAUCACAGUGGAAAAAAAAGACAAAAUGGUAUCUAUAAACCUAAAUAACAGAAGUCUUUUUAUAAUGACCAAGUGUUUAUCUUAGUAAGAGACUGAAGGCAUUAAGCUUUAACUGCUUUGUUCAUUAUGGUGAAACAGUUAGUGUGAACAUGACCAAUUGUGCAAUAUAAGUUAUUGUGGUUGGUCAGUAUCUGAUUAUCAUAUGUUAUAACUUGCUACAGAAUGAAAGUCGAUAUGUUCAUUAGAGGGGGUUUGUCUUACUGCUGUAAUACUGUGUGUAUGUUUAAACUGACAGUGGCUGAAGAACAUGAAUGUAAUAAUGUCAGAGGGAGACUCUAACAGCCCAGCUGUUCUCUUUUUUAGGGUAUUAGUUGCAUGACAGUGGUAGAGAAAGUGGAAU